GUGAUGCGGCACCCUCUCGCCCGUGCCAGGCCGCCAUCUUGAAUUUUAAUGUUAAUUUUCAAAGAAAAAACAACAAUAAUGUGUUUGCUGUGAUAUUUUUAUCCCGGGUGUCGUGGCGGAUCUGGAUGAGGACUGUUGUUUCGUUUUGGCAUUUUCUUUUCUCUACCAGUACUAUUGUGAGUAUUUCCGCGUGUCGUGGACAUUUAAACGCGUGGAAAGCUCUCUGCUAGCAGGUACCGUGAGGAAUAAUCGUUCCGGGACUCUCGCUGCCUCUUGCUUCCGCUGGAGGCUCGCUCACCUCGGCUGCAGGCUGCCUUUAACCCUCUGGAAGGAAGAGUAUUAGCCAAUGGAGCUAAGGCUAACGGAGCAUCCGGAGCUAAAACAAUUUCUCACUGCAGAGGCCACCUUCCCCACUCAAAAGCACCCCUUAAUCUGAGUGACUAAAUGAAACUGGAGCAGGGGGCUUGUGGGCAUGAAGUGGCUGGGCGAAUCCAAGAACAUGGUAUUAAAUGGCAGGCGACACGGGAACAAGUUGACCAGCGAGCAACAAGUGAGCCAGACUCGCUCCCAGCAUCCGCCACGGACGUCGCUGCGCUACGGCAAGGGCCACCCGAAAAACCGCAGAUGUAGCCGCCGGUGUAACGGUGCCAGUCUGGAGGCCGAGCGUCGCUAUGUCCCGUCCUCAGGGAUGACCGCCAAGGAGCUGUGUGAGAAUGACGACCUGACCACCAGCCUCAUCCUGGACCCCUAUCUGGGCUUUCAGACUCACAAAAUGAACACAAGGUUUCGGCCCAUCAAAGGAAGGCAGGAGGAAUUGAAGGAAAUCAUCGAGCGCUUUAAAAAACACGAUAACUUGGAGAAGGCUUACAAAGCUCUGACCACAGGAGACUGGUGCCGGAACCUUUUCCUCCACAAGUCCAAGGCUCAGGAGAAGCUCUUCAGGCAGCAUGUGUUUGUCUACCUGCGGAUCUUCACGGCGGACAGCGGUUUUGAGAUUCUUCCAUGUAAUCGUUAUUCAUCUGAGCAGAACGGAGCCAAAAUCGUGGCCACCAAAGAAUGGAAAAGAAACGAUAAGAUCGAGUUCUUGGUGGGCUGCAUCGCCGAGCUGUCGGAGAGCGAGGAGAACAUGCUGCUCCGGCACGGAGAGAACGACUUCAGCGUGAUGUACUCGACGCGAAAGAACUGCGCUCAGCUGUGGCUGGGCCCGGCUGCGUUCAUCAAUCACGACUGCCGGCCGAACUGCAAGUUUGUGUCGACGGGACGAGACACGGCCUGCGUGAAAGUCCUGAGGGACAUCGAACCAGGAGAGGAAAUCUCUUGUUACUAUGGAGAUGGAUUCUUUGGGGAAAACAAUGAGUUUUGUGAAUGUUAUACAUGUGAAAGACGAGGAACCGGCGCUUUUAAGUCCAAAGCUGGACUGCCGGUGGAAGUUCCGGUCUUCAACAGUAAGUAUGGGCUGCGGGAAACGGACAAGCGGCUCAACAGGCUGAAAAAGCUCGGAGAAGGAAAUCGGAGCUCAGACAGUCACUCUGUGGGCUCCCACACCGACGUCGACUCUCAGGAAAUGCCAAAUACACAUCAAUCUGCCAGAAACAGAACGUCGUCAUCUUCAUCAUCAGGCCUGAAAUAUAAAAACAGGACUCAAAGCAGGCAGACUGGGUCCCGAGCCCUUCCUACCUCAUGCUCCAAACCGGCUCCGGGAACCAAUCACAGGGUACCAAAGAGACUAAGAUCCCAGUCCAAGCCUUCUCCCAGUAAGGUCCAGCUGCGGAGCCGUAGGAGGGGCUCGGCCGCCCGCGGAGAGGCUGCUCAUCUGGGACUCAGGGACUCCAAGGUGGCGCCGUGCAAAAGCGUCACUGUGAAGAAAGAGAAGGACGGCCCGGAGCCGGCGCCGCUCGGCCAGAGGGGCUGCCUGACCCGGCACGCUGCCAAGGAGAAUGGCAGUCUUCCGGCGCUGCAGAGCAGCACCGGCAGUCAGUGCUCCAUGUACAGAACUCGCAGGUCCACUCGGACCCUGAUUAAGACCCCGGAGCCGACUGCAGGGGCCAAGCUGGAGCCCAGCGCUAUGGAUGGGUUGAGCCCUGUCCCCGGGGGUGUGGUCAUCAAAACGGAGCCUGCAGACAUGGACGAGUACCUCCAGCACGGAGCGGGCAGCCAGCAGCCGGUUUUGAGCACCGGCUACGCCAGGAGGGGCUCAUGUUCGAGCAGGAAGCGUCCGGCGCGGCUGCGGACCGAGCGGACCAUUAAAUGCGAAGGCUCCGACUGUGAGCCGUUUUCUCCCGGAGCUGCGGGACACGCGGCGAACUUCUCGGACGGCGGGAACCUGCUGCUGAGUUUCGCCGACAGACACAGGGACUACAACGGCGUCGCCAACGGCAGCAAGUCCCUUCGCAGGGACAAGAGCAAGAGCGGCUGCCGCUCACAGGACAAGGUGAAGAAGAAGCGUCGGAUCACGCGCUACGACGCUCAGCUGAUUCUGGAGAACAGCUCUGGAAUCCCCAAACUGACGCUCCGCCGGCGGAGGGACAGCAGCAGCAGCAAGACCAACGACCCCGCCGACCACGUGGGCUCCUCCACCGUCAGUCCCGCCUCCUCCAGCAAAAUCAGCAUCAAAUUCAGCAAAGAGCACGACAAGGACAAAGGAGGCUCUUACAUCGCCAAGCUGAACAACGGCUUCGGUCCUGUCGUCCACGGCAACGCCACCAAGCUGAAGAUCCAGCUGAGGAAGGAGGAAGACGCCCGGAGGGUCCACCACACCAACGGGGAUAUGGUCCAGGGCCUGGAGAGCCGGAUCGGCGCCCACCGCACCCAGAAGAGCCUGGCAGAACCUUCGUCGGAUGAGGAUGAGGAGGAAGAGGAGGAUGAUGAUGAUGACGACGACGACGAUGAUGAUGAUGACUACUUCCACAACGAGUUUGAGGACGACUUCAUUCCACUUCCUCCAGCCAAGCGGCUCCGACUCAUUGUGGGGAAAGACUCCAUAGACAUCGAUAUCUCCUCCAGGAGGAGAGAGGAUCAGUCUCUGAGGCUGAACGCCUGAAACUUCCCGAAAGGAAGUGACCUAAAACUCAAUCAUGAUAGAUCAGAAUAAAGUUGCUGUCAACCCGAAGCAAAACUCUGCUCCUCACUGAACUUCCAGUCUGUCGUUGGACCGGAACCAGAACCAGGACCUGCUCCGUUCAGUCCGACAGUCUGGGAUGAAAGCAAAGACCUGCUUUCUUUUAAGGGAACGCACUUGUUCUACUUCAUCAUGGACGUGUAGAAAGUGUACAGUUUGGUGACAGCGCCCUCUGUCUGCCCGGCAGGUUUUAGUCUCUUAGUGUCUGUGUGAAGCCGUCUAUCCAGAGGCAUUAGAGCAUCAGCUCACCCUUCUGCUGCCAUGUUCUCAUCAGCGGCGUGGCGAAGCAGAUAAGUCGUUUAAAACGAGGCCAUUAGGUUCAGAUCAUGUAGAAGAAGUUUUAAGGAGCCGCUUCUGUUUUUAGGACCAUCCGGAUAGAUUCCUGUUCCCUGCAGGUAGAUGUGAAUCCUUUUUAAAGACCCAUCAGUGAACAAGCAGAGCUGCUUCCUUCUCCAUGAUGAGAACGUGGCUCAGCAGAACUGGGUCGCCACAGGAGCUGGUGUUUGAAUCUGAAGCUAAUGUACAGAACGACCUCUUCCUGUCCCCCAGCUGACUCAUCUCUCCCAGACUCCAUUCACCCAGCUCAAAGCAAAUGAAGUGGCGUUCACUGACACUACGGUCUGUGUAGAGUUAUGUUCUCUCUUCUUCUGUGGUGCUACUUAGUUUUCCGGAGCUGCAGGAGGACUGUGGCUUAAGUCUUCGGGGGAGCUGAAGCAACCCAUUUACAGGAAGUUGUCUUCAGUUCUUCAGACGGCUGAUCAAAGCUUUCUCUGACAUCAUCUCGCCGUCUCCUCCCUGCUGAGAGGCAGAGCGAGCUGAUUGGUCAGCAGAGCGAACCACCCUCCUCCUCCGUCGGCGUUUUCCUCCUGGUGGGACGAGCUGGGAAUGUCGACCCGUUUCUGUGUAACUGUUCACAUCACCAGCAGCUAAUCGGCACCCCGCCCCCUCCUCCCUCGGCCAAUCGGACGUCUCCCUUCCACACCCACUGUAAACUAUUCCAGGUAUCAGUGUGUCCGUGUCCAAUAGACCGCCGUCACAACUUCCAGUGAAUUCAAACACGUGUGAAUAGCUGAGACCUUUUAUUUAGCGUGCUGCGUGGGUAGUGGGAAACAUGUAAAGAGAAAGAUGGACAGUGCAUAUAUUGUCCAAUAUGUAAAUCAUGUGAACACAUCUUGUACUUAUUUAACAGUUUUGAAUACUUGAAAACUAUAUAAAAUUUCUU